CAUCCUCAUAAGUGAACACUACAAGCGAAAGUAGGUAAUCACUGCUCCUCUUCUUCCACCAUCGAAGUGAGAGAGGCAGAGAGCGGAGAAGCAGGAGAGGAAGCAGCAGAGAAGGAAAGAGUUUAUGUGUGUAUGUGCAUGCAUAUACAAGGAGUUGGUUUCUGCAAAGUGUUGUUUGAAGGAUAUACAUUGGGAGGCAAGAGAUGCUUGAUAGUGUUGGAAGGAUAUAAUACUUUUUGAGCUUGAUUCCACCUGGGGUGGGGUUUCUAAAUAUUGUUAAGCUCUACACUGACUUGGAAAGAGUAUGUCAAGCAUGAUCAUGUGCUUCUAACUCAAGAAUGAAGCGCUAUGUUUACAUCAACGAUGAUGAAUUAUCUCAAGAACUUUACUGUGACAACCGAAUAUCGAACAGAAAAUAUACUUUAUUGAAUUUUCUCCCAAAAAAUUUAUGGGAACAGUUCAGCCGGUUCAUGAACCAGUACUUUUUGUUAAUUGCUUGCCUUCAACUAUGGCCUCUUAUUACACCGGUAAAUCCUGCCAGUACAUGGGGUCCCCUUAUUUUCAUAUUUGCAGUCUCUGCAACAAAAGAGGCAUGGGAUGAUUACAAUAGAUAUCUCUCUGAUAAAAAGGCAAAUGAGAAAGAAGUUUGGGUUGUAAGGCAGGGCAUCAAGAAACAUAUUCAAGCACAGGAUAUUUGUGUUGGUAAUGUAGUCUGGCUUCGUGAGAAUGAAGAAGUGCCAUGUGAUCUUGUUUUAAUUGGCACCUCUGAUCCACAAGGUGUUUGCUAUGUGGAGACAGCUGCCCUAGAUGGUGAAACUGAUCUUAAGACGAGGGUUAUACCCUCUGCUUGCAUGGGCAUAGAUUUUGAGCUAUUGCACAAAAUGAAGGGUGUUAUUGAGUGUCCCAUUCCAGAUAAGGACAUUAGAAGAUUUGAUGCAAAUCUGCGUUUGUUCCCUCCGUUCAUCGAUAAUGAUUUUUGUCCUUUAACCAUAAAAAACACAAUUCUUCAGUCGUGCUACUUGCGGAAUACAGAGUGGGUUUGUGGGGUUGCUGUUUAUACAGGCAAUGAAACCAAGUUGGGUAUGAGUCGGGGUAUUCCUGAACCAAAACUAACAGCUGUAGAUGCCAUGAUUGACAAGUUGACUGGAGCAAUAUUUGUUUUUCAAAUAGUGGUUGUCAUUGUUCUGGGCAUAGCUGGGAAUGUCUGGAAGGAUACAGAAGCAGUAAAGCAAUGGUAUGUUCUAUACCCAAAGAAAGGUCCAUGGUAUGAGCUAUUGGUCAUUCCUCUACGGUUUGAGCUUCUUUGUUCAAUUAUGAUCCCCAUAUCUAUAAAGGUAUCUUUGGAUCUUGUGAAGAGCUUAUAUGCAAAGUUUAUUGAUUGGGAUAACCAGAUGAUUGACCAAGAAACAAGUACUCCAUCCCAUGCAACAAAUACGGCAAUAAGUGAGGACUUGGGGCAGGUUGAGUAUAUUUUGACUGAUAAAACUGGAACUCUUACUGAGAAUAUAAUGAUCUUUAGAAGAUGCUGUAUUGGUGGCAUUUUCUAUGGAAAUGAGAGUGGGGAUGCUCUGAAAGAUGUGGAGCUGCUGAAUGCUGUUUCCAGUGGCUCUCCUGAUGUUAUUCAAUUUCUUACAGUUAUGGCAUUAUGUAAUACAGUUAUACCUGUGAAAAGCAAAACUGGAGCAAUCUCAUACAAGGCACAAUCUCAAGAUGAGGAUGCUCUUGUUCAGGCUGCUGCUCGCUUGCACAUGGUUUUUGUCAAUAAGAAUGCAAAUACUCUUGAAAUCAACUUCAACGCUUCAAUAAUUCAGUAUGAAGUAUUGGACACUCUGGAGUUCACUUCUGAUAGGAAAAGGAUGUCAGUUGUGGUGAAAGAUUGCCAGAAUGGAAAGAUUUUCCUUUUGUCAAAAGGAGCAGAUGAAGCCAUUAUACCUUAUGCAUGUGCUGGACAACAAACACGAACUUUUACUGAAGCUGUAGAACAAUAUUCUCAAUUGGGACUACGCACGUUAUGCUUGGCUUGGCGGGAGCUUAAAGAAGAUGAAUAUCGAGAUUGGUCUUUGAUGUUUAAAGAGGCUAAUAGCACAUUGGUUGAUAGGGAGUGGAGACUAGCUGAGGUCUGCCAAAGACUAGAACAUGACCUUGAAAUCCUUGGUGUUACAGCAAUAGAGGAUCGUCUACAGGAUGGUGUACCAGAAACAAUUGAGACACUUCGAAAAGCAGGAAUCAACUUUUGGAUGCUUACCGGAGACAAGCAGAAUACUGCCAUACAGAUUGCUCUUUCCUGCAAUUUUAUUUCCCCUGAACCAAAAGGCCAGCUUUUGUUAAUCAAUGGCAAAACAGAAGAUGAAGUUGGCAGAAGUUUAGACAGGGUCUUGCUUACAAUGAGGAUAACAACUUCAGAACCUAAGGAUGUGGCAUUUGUUAUUGAUGGAUGGGCUCUUGAAAUUGCGCUUAAGCAUUAUCGGAAAGCAUUCACUGACUUAGCUAUAUUGUCAAGGACGGCUUUAUGUUGUCGUGUGACACCAUCUCAAAAAGCACAGCUUGUGGAGAUCUUAAAAUCAUGCGAUUAUAGAACAUUGGCUAUUGGGGAUGGUGGAAAUGAUGUGAGGAUGAUACAACAAGCUGACAUUGGUGUCGGCAUUAGUGGGAGAGAAGGAUUGCAGGCAGCAAGGGCUGCUGAUUAUAGUAUUGGGAAGUUCAGAUUUCUGAAAAGACUAAUACUUGUCCAUGGACGGUACUCGUACAACCGUACAGCGUUUCUGUCCCAAUAUUCCUUUUAUAAGUCGUUACUGAUUUGUUUCAUCCAGAUCUUUUUCUCUUUUAUUUCAGGUGUCUCUGGAACCAGCCUUUUCAAUUCUGUCAGUUUGAUGGCUUAUAAUGUUUUCUACACUAGUAUACCUGUUCUAGUCAGUGUCCUUGACAAAGAUCUUAGUGAAAAAACUGUGAUGCAACACCCGCAAAUUUUAUUUUACUGCCAAGCAGGGAGGCUUCUUAAUCCUAGCACAUUUGCUGGAUGGUUUGGGCGGUCUCUGUUUCAUGCAAUUGUUGUAUUUGUAAUCAGCAUACAUGCAUACGCCUAUGAGAAAAGUGAAAUGGAGGAGGUAUCAAUGGUGGCACUCUCUGGGUGUAUUUGGUUGCAGGCUUUUGUUGUAACAAUAGAGACAAAUUCCUUCACGGUUUUGCAACAUCUUGCCAUAUGGGGAAAUCUGGCUGCCUUCUAUAUCAUCAACUGGAUUUUGAGUGCUGUGCCGGCAUCAGGGCUGUACACAAUCAUGUUCCGGCUGUGUAAACAACCAUCUUACUGGAUAACCAUGUUUCUCAUUGUGGUAACAGGAAUGGGUCCAGUGCUGGCUAUAAAGUACUUCCGCUAUACAUACAGACCAAGUAAAAUCAACACACUUCAGCAGGCUGAACGGUUGGGUGGGCCAAUCUUGUCACUGGGAAAUAUAGAGCCACAGCCAAGAUCCAUUGAAAAAGAUGUUUCUCCAUUGUCUAUUACUCUACCCAAGAAUCGGAAUCCAGUAUAUGAACCUCUCCUAUCAGACUCACCAAAUUCUACAAGAAAGUCUUUCGGAUCCGCAACCACUUUUGAUUUCUUCCCAUCACAGUCUCGGUUGUCUUCAAGCUACUCAAGAAACUGCAAGGACAACUGAGUCAUAUACAAGUCAUUCAGCGGCUUACUUUACAUGGAAACCUCUACUGUGAGUACAAUAUAUUUUUAGGUUAUAUUGCAGAUUUAUUUGCACAAAACAAAACAAAUAAAUGCCACCACAAUCAUAGAAAUCCACUUUUGGGUUUAUUUUUACACCAUUGUAUUAAAGCUAGUAUCUUGCUUUCAAGUUAAAAUGUAAUGGAAAAAUAUAGCCAUUUCAAACAAUUUUAAACCACCCAAAUAUAGUGGUUCACCUC